AAACACAGAGGAGGGAGGUUCGGUUGGUAGGAGCCGCUGUACACAGCAGUGAUGGCGGAGUCAAAACAAUUCUGUAUUCAACAGAGAAGUAGCCUUUGUAUGAUACAUAAUUAAAAAUAAACAGUUAAAUAAGAACAAAUCGUUUAUAGCCGAUAUCGGGAUAUUUAACUGUUGCAUGCUUUUAAGCGAAGGAUGCUGUACAUCUAAGCUACGCAAAGCAAAAACAAGCGAUUUCUAAUAGUGUGAUUGAACACAGUUCGUACUCGUAUUUAUUGUAAGCAAUAAUUUCGAGUUGGAUGUAUCGUCUCAUGUAGUUUAUGGUUUUAACCUGUAUUGGUUGUGCUCAACUCAAAGCCUAUCCCUUCUGCAUACUUUGACCACACAUACGAGAGAGUCCGGAUGAUCGUGCCUAACGUUCACAGUAGAGUAGUAUAUAAAGUCUGUAUAGUAUAGUCUAUAACUAUAGAAACUGGCACCGGAGGUCCCUUACUUAGCAUCACAAUGGCUCACUGGACGAAAUUUGAAAAAGAUUUGGAAAUCGAUACGAAGAGGCUAAUAAAGCUCAUCAGUGGGAUACAGGAUGAAGAAGACCAGAAUUUCCAGAUGGCAUUAAAGUUUGCCUGGACCAAUUUCAGGUUCCAUCGAUACUUAGAUGUCAACAGUCACAAGGUGCAGCGUACAAUCAGUGGAAUCCAUGAAAAGCUAAUAAUUCACUCAGAUCUGAGCAAAGCUACAAGCUGGAAACGACUGACUGAAGAAUUUCUGAAUGCACAUCUUCCAAACACAGAAGGAACAAAAACAGAAACCCAUCACAGUAUCCUAGCUCUCCUACUCUAUCUUUCUGAUUCUCCUUCCAACACAGAUUACACUGAGAGGCCACGGCUGAAGGAUGCUGAAAAAGAAGACAAUUUUGACUGGGGUAAAUAUUUGAUGGAAGGAGAAGAUAUUGACAUGGGCCCUUUUCCAGACACUCCUGUGUGGUCCGAGGAGGAGAGUGAGGAUGAAGACAGCCAGCAGCCCCUCAGCAGAGAGGAUUCUGGGAUCCAGGUGGACAAAACACCCUUGGAUGAUCAGGAUCACUCCAAGAAGACUGUCCAGGUUUCCUGGAAAGUAGGUGAGCAGGAUGCUCGAGUGUGGCUGGAACAGCAUGUAGUGACACAGUAUUGGGUCGCCCAGGCUCCACACUUCACUCACAGCCUGCACUUGCACUCCAAUCUCCUCAACGUCUGGGACCAGCACUUGUACAACACGGAUCCAUUGUACCUUCCUGAAGAGAAAGUAUUUGUCACUGAAACUCAAGUGAUACGAGAAACUCUGUGGCUUCUCUCUGGAGUGAAAAAGCUCUUCAUAUUUCAGCAGCAUGAAGGCAAAGUAACUGUGAGGAAUGAUGUUGUAGUCACUCAUUUGACAAAUAACUGCUUGCGAUCUGUCUUGGAGCACAUAGCAGCCUACGGACAGGCGGUGUUUCGCCUGCAGAAGUUUAUUGAUGAAGUGACAGGCUACAACACAGAGCCUGCUCCUCCUGGGACAAGCACUUUGUCCAAAAAAGCUUCUGAACCUCCAUUCAGGACCUAUCAGGCCUUUGUUUGGUCUCUCUACAAAUUUUUCAUCAGCUUCAAAGAAGAGCUCACCGCUAUUGAGAGAUGCAUCCUUGUGAAAGACAAAAGCGUCACGCUGUCUGCCGUGCUGGAGCAGCUCACCCCACGCCUGGCCCAGCUCAAAGUCCUGCACAAAGUCUUCUGCACGGGGGUUGCCGAGGUGCCCCCUGGCACUCCGAACGUGGUGCGAGCUUCCCACCUGCUCAACACACUCUACAAGUCCAUCAUCGAGUACGACAGCAUCGGCGAGGCUUCGGAGCAGGCCGUGGCCCUCCUUUUUUCUCUGUGGGUGGAAACGGUGAGACCGUACUUGGAGAUUGUAGACGAGUGGAUCGUCCACGGCCACCUCUUUGACCCAGCCAAGGAAUUCAUCAUCCAGAGGAACAAAGACGUCCCCGUCGACCACAGGGAUUUCUGGUACGCCACCUACACCUUGUACAGCGUGUCGGAGACGGUGGAGAACGAGGAGAAGCUGAGUGACGCGGCCAGCGGGAGCUCGGCCAGUGACCCGGCCGCGUCCUCCGCCAGCAAGCAGCACACCAUGGUUUCCUUUCUCAAGCCCGUGCUCAAGCAGAUCAUCAUGGCGGGCAAGUCCAUGCAGCUCCUCAGGAACCUGCACUGCGAGGAGGACGGCCGGCGGGAGAGCUCGUCGCGAGAUGCAGAGAGGAAAAGUAUAUACACCCUCUUUCUGGAGUCGGUGCAGUCGCGCCUAUGCUGUGGAGAAGAGUCGCCCACAGACACGGUGACUGAACAGCUGGCCACCAAGAGGAGCCUCAUCAAGAUGCAGUCUAUAGUAGCUAGACACCUGGAGCUCGAAGACAUACACGACCCUCUGCUAGCUAUUAACUUUGCCAGGUUAUACCUGGAACAGAAUGACUUCCACGAGAAGUUUGCAGGUGGCGACGUCGUUAUGGACCGUUCUUCAGAGUCCGUGACCUGUCAGACCUUCGAGCUGACUCUGAGGUCCUGCCUCUACCCUCACAUUGAGAAGAGGUACAUUGAGUGCUGUGGCAACCUGAUGAAAACGCUGAAGAAAGAUUACAGACUGGUCGAAUACCUGCAGGCCAUGAGGAACUACUUCCUGCUGGAGGCUGGUGAUACCAUGUAUGAUUUCUACACGGCCAUCUUUGAUAAGGUGCUGGAGAAGGAGAGCUGGCAGCAACUGUCCUUCCUCAACGUACAGCUGCAGGAGGCGGUGGGACAGCGCUACCCAGAGGACAGCACUAGGUUGUCCAUAUUAUUAGAAACAAUUGAUCCGGCCAGGAAGAAACAGCCAGUAAAUAAUUUGGAUGGUCUCACUUUGAGCUAUAAGGUCCCUUGGCCUGUGGACAUUGUGAUCAGUUUGGAAUGUCAGAAAAUCUACAACCAAGUAUUCCUUCUCCUGUUACAGAUAAAGUGGGCAAAGUAUAGCCUGGAUACACUGCGAUUCAAUGAAUUGACAGCAGCUACCAAACGACCUGAAGGAAAUGUAUUUGAUGAUGGUGCUGCCAACCAACCAGUAAAGCAGCAGAUUCACAGGAUGUUUCUUCUCCGAGUCAAACUUAUGCAUUUUGUCAACAGCUUGCACAACUACAUAAUGACCAGGAUUUUGCACAGCACAGGCUUAGAGUUUCAGCACCAAGUGGAAGAGGCUAAAGACUUGGACCAGCUGAUUAAAAUCCAUUACAGAUACCUCUCCACCAUUCACGACCGCUGUCUUCUCCGAGAGAAGGUUAGUUUUGUGAAGGAGGCAAUAAUGAAGGUGCUGAAUCUCGCCCUGAUGUUCUCAGAUCGGUGGCAGGCAGGCUUUGGUGCCUGGAAGAUUGAGUCUAUUGAUAAGAUGGAGUCAGAUUUCAAGAACUGUCACAUGUUCUUGGUAACUAUACUCAACAAAGCUGUCUGCAGGGGCUCCUUUCCACACUUGGAGUCCUUGGCUCUGUCUCUGAUGGCUGGCUUUGAGCAGUGUUGAGGAUGAGCUACAGAAAGCUGUGAAGCUCCUCGCAUCGCUUUGAGCCAUUACAGAUCCUCAAGAAUCAUGGAAUGUCUGCAAGGCAUUCUUUCACAAUGCUUAUUUUUUCUUUCGUGGCCAUCUGGAUUUCAAACAUCAAAGUGCAAGGGAAGCCCUUUCCGACAACAGGCCUCUGACUUUAUUUCUGCUUAGCAAAUGCAACAAGGACAGACGUUUGCUACUGUUUCUUGUGCUCUUGGGAGAAAAAAGUGCUCAGUUGCUACUGGAGUAUCUUAAAUACCCUUCACCUCGGGUGCUCAUAUUGAGACACUGAAGGCAAUAAGAAAACAGGGUACUGAAAAUGUAAAUAUAGUUUUUUGCUGUCUUUGAGAUGUGCUGUUUUUGCUCAUAAUUCACUAUUUACAAAAGUGAUUGUAUAGCAGAGUGAAUUAGACUUUUGUUUGCACAAUAAAUUCUGCUCUCUUAAUAAAACCUGCACUGUUUUGAAGA